GUCGUUUCAGUUUCGCUCGAUCAGCGAACGAAAGUACAUACGAGUAUAGCUUGAGGAUUCAGUUAAAGAUGUGCAUUGCUUGGCAUACAAUUUUUACUUUGGCUUGUUUAAGUCAGUUGUGCGCAGCCCAAGAACCUUUAAUUUUCGCCACAUCUCUUAACCCAUGGAAUAUAGCCCCAUCCACGACGUCGAUACCACCUUUUCUCACCAGCUCAAACUUGGUAUUGGUUAACAAUGUAAGAGUACCAGGAGGUCUUACACCGUUCGCACCAACACCGGCCCCAACCCAGGAAUUUCUAAACUGCUAUUAUAACUGCCCCACCACGCCGCAAUACAAUCCCAUUUGUGGGAGCGAUAGGCAGCUUUAUAUGAACGAGGAAAAAUUCAAUUGUGCUCGGAACUGCGGAGCUGACAUUCAAAUAGUUCGCAGAGGGUCUUGCGAGGGUCUUUUUGCGAUGACGCGAGGUUGAUAUUCUUCAAGAAACAGCAAAUACAAUAUCAAUGUAACACAUUAAUUUACUUCAAGUUACGCUUUCAGUGAUGUUUUUAGUUU